AACGGGAUGAAAGUGCCGGGCUGGGACUUCCUCCUCGGGUGUUUGACCAGGACUGACGUACUCGAGGCCCUUUGAAUACGGGAAGUCCAGGACACACCCAGCCUUGAUUGUAGUUUCUUGAACGCUGAACACUGGAGCGUAGGUAAAAGGACCGAAGGAAAACAAUUCCAAUAUGAGGGACCCACUGACAGAUUGCUCGUAUAAUAAAGUGUACAAGAACCUAAAGGAGUUUUCUCAAAAUGGAGAGAAUUUCUGCAAGCAGGUCACAUCCAUUCUUCAACAAAGGGCAAACUUGGAGAUUAACUAUGCCAAAGGACUUCAGAAACUGGCAAUCAAGUUAAGCAAAGCUUUGCAGAGCACAAAAAAAAACUGUCUCGUUAGUGCCUGGGCCUGGGUCUCAGAGGGCAUGAAAUCUGCAGCGGACCUGCAUCAAAAACUUGGCAAAGCGAUUGAGUUGGAAGCAAUAAAACCAACUCAUCAAGUCCUGAGUGUACAUGAAAAGAAGAGAAAAUCACUUGAUAACGAAGUUGAAAAGGCAGCAAAUCUUGUCAUUGGCAACUGGAAUCAACAAAUCAAGGCCAAGAAGAAAUUAAUGAUUAGUACCAAGAAGCAUGAGGCACUUUCCCAUCUUGUAGGAAGUUCCAGGCAAACUGUGACUAAGAAGGAGAAGCAGAAGCUCCUCAGUAAACUGAAAAAAUCGACGGAGAAGUUGGCAAAAGAAGAUGAAAAUUACUACCAAAAAAACCUGGCUGGCUGUGCUACCAGACUCAAGUGGGAAAACACACUGGAAAAUUGCUACCAGAGCAUCCUGGAACUGGAGAAGGAAAGAAUUAAACUUUUAUACAAUAAUUUGAACCAGUACACCCAACAUAUUUCUGUUUUUGGCCAAACCCUGACCACAUGUCACACGCAGAUUCACUGUGCCAUCAGCAAGAUAGAUGUGGAAAAAGAUACCCAGGCUCUCAUGGAAGAAACUGCAGUUUCAUCCACAGAAAAUAAAUCCGAGUUCCUAUUAACCGAUUACUUUGAAGAAGAUCUUAACAAUGCAAUGAAUAAAGAGCGACAAGAGUCUUCAUUAAAAUCAAAACUGUUGAGACUGCAAAAAGAUAUUGAAAAAGCCUCAAGAGACCAGGAAGGCCUGGAACACAUGCUGAAGUCCAACUCCAGGGACCCUGCCUUCUCCGACGCAGAGAGUCAAAAAAUCACAGCAGCCUUGAUGGACGAGACCAAUCUGAAACUAAACCUUUUGCAAGCAAACUCCUACAAACUGUCAUCGGUGUUAGCAGAACUUGAGCAAAGACCUCAACCCAGCCAUCCCUGUAGUAACUCCAUCUUCAAGUGGAAAGAAAAGCAACAGACACAUAGUUACGUAAAAAUAUCUCGGCCUUUUCUGAUGAAGAGAUUAGAGAGUGUUGUGAGCAGGACAUCUUCUGGUGGGCAGAGAAUCCCAAGUUCCUCAUCUACAGCCUCCGGUGUGGCCCAGCUCGGCAGUGGUCUUUGCAAGGCUUUAUAUUCUUUUCAAGCCAGACAAGAUGAUGAAUUAAAUUUGGAAAAAGGCGACAUUGUGACUAUAUACAGGAAACAAGAAGAAGGUUGGUGGUUUGGUUCCCUGAAUGGAAAAAAGGGCCAUUUUCCUGCUGCUUAUGUGGAGGAGCUCCCUUCAAAUGCUGGGAACCCGGCUACCCAGGCAUAAAACAAGAUUCCGAACACACCGCCUUCCUUUGUCAGCUGUACAGGGCAGUGCAAAUAAAGAUAAAUGCUGUAAUCUUUACAAAUAGAGAA